AGCAGAUUAAUCAAAUGUUUUAUAAGGCAAAACGAUCGUAGUGAGCGACAAUUUUCUCUCUCUCUAACUCUCAGUUUACCAUUUCAACAUUUCUUUCCCUCUCUUCGACCAUCCUCUUCCCACCAUGAUUGCUUCUGUAAAAUCUUCUUAGAGGUUAGGAAGAAGAAGAAGAAGAAGAAGGGAAGGAGCAGAGGAAGAAGCUUUUUAGUUGUUAACAAUGGGAAAUGCUUGUCGUUCCUCUAAUAAAGUAGUUAGCCCUGUAAGCACAGUUUCAGUACUAUCAUCCACAACUACAGCAAGUAAUUGCACAGCCACUACUGGGAAAGUUUCAACAUUUAGCACCAGUGCAUUAGAGCAGUCCACAUGCAAUUCAGUGAGCACAGAUGAAGCAUUUACAGAUGGAACGAUUUUGGAGAUGCCCAACCUACGGAUGUUUACAUUAGCAGAAUUGAAGAAUGCGACGAAGAAUUUUAAAGCUGAGAAUGUUCUUGGAGAAGGAGGUUUUGGAAAGGUUUUCAAGGGAUGGGUUGAUGAGAAAACUUUGAGUCCAACAAAAAGUGGGCUUAGGAUGGUUGUUGCUGUAAAGAAACUCAACCCUGAAGGCAUGCAAGGUUUUGAAGAGUGGCAGUCUGAAGUUAAUUUUAUGGGAAAACUUUCUCAUCCUAAUCUUGUCAAGUUGCUUGGUUACUGCUUGGAGGAAAAAGAUCUUCUCCUUGUUUAUGAAUUCAUGUCAAAAGGAAGCCUAGAGAACCACCUUUUCAGAAGAGGUGCAGCUUUUGAACCACUUUCAUGGAGUCUGAGACUAAAGAUAGCCAUUGGUGCUGCUCGAGGCCUUGCAUUCCUGCAUUCUUCAGAGAAACGCGUUAUUUAUCGUGAUUUCAAGGCCUCCAAUAUCCUUCUUGAUCCGAAUUACAAUGCAAAACUUUCUGACUUUGGGCUCGCUAAGGAUGGGCCAGUGGGAACUGACUCACAUGUUACUACAAGAGUUCUGGGUACAUGUGGAUAUGCAGCUCCUGAGUACAUUGCUACAGGUCAUCUAUAUGUGAAGAGUGAUGUGUAUGGAUUCGGAGUUGUUUUGUUAGAGAUGCUCUCAGGUCAACGAGCACUCGACACAAAUCGACCAAGCGAUCAACACAACUUGAUAGAUUGGGCAAAACCAUAUCUUGUGGAUCGAAAGAAGCUGGCAAGACUAAUGGACCCUAGACUUGAGGGGAAGUAUCCCUCGAAAGGAGCUCUUCAAGCAGCUCAGCUCACUCUCAGAUGUCUAGCAAACGAGCCAAAAAGCCGUCCAUCAAUGAAGGAAGUAUUGGAGACUUUGGAAGAUAUUGAAGCCAUGAAAGUUCAGUCGAGGGAGUCCAAGAAUGCCUCUUCUCAAAACAGGCCCCGUCGUCAUGGCCAAGCUCCAGUUCACCCACGCUCGCCGGUGAGACCAAGGCAAGGAGGACCUGGGGUAGGCUCUCCUGCUGUUAGCCGCUCUCCUAAAGCUAGAUGAUGGCAAUUUCUUACCUGAAUUCUGAUACACUAAUCCUCAUUUUUUUUAUUUUUAUACUGUAGAUCUCCGUAGCUGUUGUUAUAGGUUUGCUACUGUGGUGUUUUGUAUCCAUAAUGAAAAACAAAUUAACUGAAUAACUUUCAUUAUAAAUAGUUGCACUGGGCAUUGGAUUCAAA